AUGGCAUUCGCUCCAGCCAGAGGAGGGGAAUCCACAUUUUCUACCUCAAUAUCUGCUUCUGUAUCUACACCAUCAGAUUUUGCUUCCAAGUUUCAUGGCAUCAUUCUAAACAACUUAGGAAACUACGAGUUCGGAAUCCUUAUCGUCUGCAUUCUACCUGUUUGUCUUGUCCAGGGUCGUGGUCCAGUUGAGGACUUCUUCCAUGUCGACUUGCCCGAUCAACACAUGGACCUCUUCAAGCUGUAUGAGCCGAUGGGAGGUGACCACUUCAACAUCUUCGCGGCCGGCCUCAAGACUGCUGACCGCGUGAUCACCGUCAGCCGUGGCUACGCAUGGGAGCUCACAACAUCCGAAGGUGGGUGGGGACUCCAUGAGAUCAUAAACGAGAACAACUGGAAGUUCCAAGGCAUCGUCAACGGGAUCGACACAGUGGACUGGAACCCUGAGCUGGAUCUUCACCUGCAAUCCGAUGGCUACAGAAACUAUUCCAUUGAGACUCUGCAAGCCGGGAAACCACAGUGCAAGGCGGCGCUGCAGAAGGAGCUCGGCCUCCCUGUCCGCGAGGACGUCCCCCUCAUCGGAUUCAUCGGCCGGCUGGAUCACCAGAAGGGCGUCGACCUCAUUGCGGGUGCGAUGCCUUGGAUCGUCGGGCAGGACGCGCAGCUGGUGAUGCUGGGCACCGGACGGGCCGACCUGGAGGAGAUGCUGCGCAAGUUCGACAGGGAGCACCACAACAAGGAGAGGGCGUGGGUGGGGUUUUCGGUGAAGAUGGCGCACAGGAUCACCGCAGGGGCGGACGUCCUGCUCAUGCCAUCGCGGUUCGAGCCCUGCGGGCUGAACCAGCUGUACGCCAUGAAGUACGGCACGGUCCCGGUGGUGCACGCCAUCGGCGGGCUUCGCGACACGGUGAUCCCGUUCGAUCCCUUCAGGGAGAGCGGGUUCGGGUGGACGUUCGACCGGGCGGAGGCCAACAAGCUGAUCAAUGCGCUGGGGAACUGCCUCAACACCUACAGGAACCAGAAGGAGAAUUGGAAGGGCCUGCAGACGCGAGGGAUGGCGCAGGACCUGAGCUGGGACAACGCCGCCAAACAUUACGAGGAAGUCCUCGUCUCAGCAAAGUAUCAGUGGUGAUCUUUGAGAACAUGAACGAACAGUAUCUA